AGUGUCGUGUGCAAAGUACAAGGAGUGGGGGGAGAAAUAAGAGUCGUGUGCAAACCAUAUACCAAGGCGCGAAAAGAAGUGAGAGGGUAGUAUUAGAGAAGUUGGAGGAGGUGUAGAUCAGUAUGUCCUCAAGUGAUACUUGUUACAAAUGUGGGAAAGGUGGCCAUUUUGCACGUGAGUGUCGGUCAGGUGGAGGUGGAGGUGGCGGUGGCGGUGGCGGCUUCCGUGGAAGGGGAAGAGGUCGUGGAGGCAGCAGUGAACGGUGCUUCAAGUGUAACCGCUUCGGUCACAUUGCACGUGAUUGCAAGAGUGGCCCCGAGCGCUGCUAUAAAUGUAAUGAACUUGGUCACAUUGCUAAGGACUGUGAAAAGUCUAUUGACUCAGGUGCCUGCUACAACUGCGGCCAGUCAGGUCAUAUUUCGCGUGACUGUACAUCAGAGAGGUCGACAAACUGUUACCGAUGCGGAGAGCAGGGCCACUUGGCUCGCGACUGCCCUGACCCACCCAAUGGCAGCAAUGCCAAGAAGUGUUACAACUGUGACGAGGUUGGCCACAUCUCACGGGACUGUCCCGGUCAGUCAGAAAAAGCUUGCUACACAUGUGGAAACACGGGCCAUUUUUCCCGAAACUGCCCAGACAAAGCUGGUGGUGGUGGCGACAUGAAGGAUGUCCAGUGCUACGGCUGCAAGAAAUACGGACACUUCGCUCGAGACUGCCCCGAGGAAGAGGACUAGAUGGUCUAAAGCUCAUGUUGCUUUACGUUUAAAUCAUUUGUUCGUGCCACAGGGAGCGUUUUUCACCCAUUUGGACAUUCGAAUAACAAUUGACAGCUAUUGCAGUUUUGUCAAUGGGGUAUACGUUCAUAUAGGCCAGGAGAGUUGUUACAAUGCCUGAUGUCUAUAUGAAUUCAGUUUUGUCACUGGCACUGUUUUUUUGUUUGUUUUUUAAGCAUAUAGUCGAGGUGUUUGUUGUUUUUGAAAUACCUAAUAACGUUUAUGUAAUUUUUAAAUUGAAAUUGUCCAGUUUUGAUGUUUACAUGAAUUUUGGAUUUUUUUUUGUAAUUGGUAGGGUUUUGCUUCCUAGAUUGGGAAAUGGCUUAAAAUUUGUUUUUUGUACUUACUAUGGAUAGAGUUUUCAAAGAAUGCAUUGUUAAAACGGCCAAUUGAAAAUAUGCGACUAUAUUGUGUUGUCAGCAUUUUUUGCAAGAGAAUCCAUAUUUUGUUUUCUUUUUUAAAUUUCAAAUUUUAUAUAACGUUUAAAAACUGGUGGUCAUGGUCUAUUUGUAGACGUGGUAUAUAGUAUAUUAAAAAUCUUGUUGGUUACAGCUGAAUGCACAACACUUAAAUGUUGUAUGCAGUAAUUUCUGUAGCAAUUUUUUAAAUGUAAAGUAGGAACCAUGUAAAUGAACUCUCUUGGGACUAAUUAGUGAUGAUACUAAAGAAUACUGUUUAAUUUUGUCCAUUAAAAAUGGGGGAUAAUAUAAAAAAAUAUAUAUUAACACUUUUUGUCCUUUGGAGAUAACAUAAAAUUUAUCAAUGCAAUUGAAAGUUUAUUAUUCAGACUGUUGGAGGGCUCAUCUUUCAUUUAUACAAAUUUGUCAAUUUUUAACCAUGUUCAAGAACAUACCUCGAACAUUGACAAAUAACCAAGGAUAGUUUUAAGUGUUGGGUCUACUUUUAAUUUUAGUAUGUGGAAUGUUUAUUUGUAUUGGAUUUUGUAACAUUAGCAUCUGUUUGAACUUCAUUGUCGGUAGGAAGGAUAUUUUGUAAUUGGUUUGGGGGUUAGAGGUUCAUUUACACUUGGGGAGUAACUUGUUCACAACAAAACAUUAAAUACUUAAGUAACCUAUUCCCCCUGUGUGUGCAUGUAUAUAUUUGUAUAUGUAAACUUUGUGGUAUUUUUUCUUUCUUUCAUUCUUGGUUUUUGCCAUCAAUUUUGGAGGGUUGAAACAUUAUGACUGAUUUAUUUGUUUACAGACCCGAUAAAAAAAAAUAAUAUUUUUUUCGCUCAAAUCAGUUUUAUUUGACAAGUAACUCAAAUCUUAAUGUAAUAGUGUGGCCCUUUGUAACUGAUGGCAAUUGCCUGCCCCUUCAUCUCUGGAAGUUUGUGAGGUCAUGCAUCAUUCCACGCUCAUCGCACUGUAUAUUUGGUUGUAAGGCAGCAUUUCACGGGAAUGACGCAUAGUGUGUGUAUCACACUUACACUGAGGUGGCUUUGUAUAUUUAUAUUUAACUAAAUAUAUUUUAUACAUAACUGUCAAAUGAAAGAUGAGUGUCUUAUGAAGUGUAUUGUACAGGUAAAACGGUUUUUGACCAUACUCGACAAGUUUUUUUUUUAAGGGCGAUUCGAAAACUAUGUUUGGAUUUUUAUCUUUUGUAUGGAAAUGCAGAUUUGAAGUUGUGGAGAAGAUAAUAAAAUUAUUUAAAAGAAA